AUAGAAGGUGUGGUGUUACCCUGGCAACGCAAACAAAAUGGCCGCCUGCUCAUCAGGAAUUCUGAAAUCUUCUGACAGAGAAGAUUCAGAGGGAGAGAUAAAUCUAAUGGACAAAAUGGAAAGCUCAUCUAAAGGAGAUUUUGUGGGCAACGUCUCUCACUAUAUUCCUCUCCCAGACUGCUAUAAAGGCCCAAUUAAUAAAGGCCAUUUGCUCUUUGAUGCUUGUUUUGAAGGAGGUAACUUGGGACGUGUGGAUUAUGUGAGCCAUUUUGAGUAUGACCUUUUUGUAAGACCAGAUACCUGUAAUCCAAGGUUUCGAGUAUGGUUUAACUUUACUGUGUCCAACACAAAGAAUCAACAAAGGAUUAUAUUUCAUGUGGUGAACUUCAGUAAGACAAAGAGCCUCUACAGAGAAGGAAUGUCACCACUAGUUCUAUCAACCUCAAGACCAGAAUGGUGUAGGAUUCCUCCUAAGAAUGUCUUCUAUUAUCGAUCACCUGAUCACCAAAGGAACUAUGUGAUGUCAUUUGCUUUUGCUUUUGACAAUGAAGAAGACACUUACCAGUUUGCCUACUGCUAUCCUUAUACUUAUACGAAACUCCAGCAGUACCUACAGAAGCUUGACUCACUAGGGAAGGACUAUUAUAAAAGAGAAAUAUUAGGAUACUCUGUGCAACAAAGAAACCUGGACCUCAUUACUAUAAGCUCUCCAGAGAAUCUCAAACUGGGGUCCAAGGCUAAAGUAAUAUUGAUUACCGGUAGGAUUCAUCCAGGGGAGAGUCCCUCAUCAUAUGUCUGUGAAGGUAUAAUGGGAUUCCUUAUGAGUGAUACGAGAGAAGCAAGACUGCUAAGGAAGCACUUGGUUUUCAAAAUAAUUCCUAUGCUCAAUCCUGAUGGUGUGUUCUUGGGAAACUAUCGCUGUUCACUGAUGGGUUUUGAUCUCAACAGACACUGGCAUGAUCCAUCUCCCUGGGCCCACCCAACACUUCAUGCAACAAAACAACUAGUGAUGAGACUGGACAAAGAAAAAGAGACUGACUUGGAGUUUUAUGUUGACAUUCAUGCUCACUCAACACUAACUAAUGGUUUCAUGUAUGGUAAUGUAUAUGAUGAAGAGAAGAGAUUUGAGAGCCAUGCUGUCUAUCCAAAGCUACUCUGUCAAAGAGCACACGAUUUCUCAUGGGGUAAAACUUCAUUCAAUAAAGAUGCUGAAAAGGCUGGAACUGGAAGAAGGUAUCUUGGGGAUUGCUUGCACGAGCAUACAAACUGUUAUACUCUUGAAGUAUCAUUCUUCUGCUACACUGACAAGGAGACUGGAGAUCAUAUACCAUACACACAAGAAGGAUAUGUGGAACUUGGACGCAAUGUUGUGAAGACUUUUAUUGACUAUUAUCAGCUUUUAUAGCACUCGAUCAAUCACCCACAAAUUAAUGAUUAUUAUUAUUAUUUUUGUUAAUACUGCAUGUUCACUAAUAGAGCAAUCUAUCAUAGACACUG